AAAAGGCAGAGCCGUGAAAGAGCAGGGUCCUAGGACGAACCAAUAACAAGCCCCUUUUGGCUUCUGCCCCGCCCACCCCCUCCGGAGGUCAAAAGCCCUGGUCAGUUGCACUGUGGCCUGUGCGGUAAGCCCGGUGUCUCCAGGUCGGCCGUAGUUGUUCCGCUCGGCCGCUCUCUACCCACAUGGCCCUGAGAGGCGUCUACGCGCGGCUACUGAACCGCGGACCCAGCUUGCGAAUCCUUCGUUCAUGGAGCUCGGCGGAGGCGCAGACCGAGAAAGGCGGGAAGACCCAGAGCCGAUCGGCCAAGUCCUCGCGGCCCGAGUUUGACUGGAGGGACCCACUAUUGCUGGAGGAGCAGCUGACAGCAGAUGAGAUCCUCAUCAGGGAUACCUUCCGCACCUACUGCCAGGAGCGCCUCAUGCCCCGCAUCUUGCUGGCCAAUCGCAACGAAGUUUUUCACCAGGAGAUCUUCUCAGAGAUGGGGGAGCUUGGUGUGCUGGGCCCUACCAUCAAAGGGUAUGGCUGUGCUGGAGUCUCAUCUGUGGCCUAUGGGCUUCUGGCCCGAGAGCUGGAGCGCGUGGACAGUGGCUACAGGUCAGCGAUGAGUGUCCAGUCCUCUCUUGUCAUGCACCCUAUCUAUGCUUAUGGCAGCGAGGAGCAGCAACAGAAAUACCUGCCCCGGCUGGCCAAGGGAGAGCUCCUGGGCUGCUUUGGGCUCACUGAGCCCAACCAUGGGAGUGACCCCGGCAGCAUGGACACCAGAGCCCGCCACAACCCGUCCAGCAGGAGCUACACCCUCAAUGGGGCCAAGACCUGGAUCACCAAUUCGCCUGUGGCCGACCUGUUUAUAGUGUGGGCUCGGUGUGAAGAUGGUUGCAUUCGGGGCUUCCUGCUGGAGAAGGGGAUGCGGGGCCUCUCAGCCCCCAAGAUUGAGGGCAAGUUCUCUCUGCGGGCCUCCGCCACGGGUAUGAUUAUCAUGGACGAUGUGGAGGUGCCAGAGGAGAAUGUGCUGCCCAAGGCGUCUGGUCUGGCGGGUCCCUUCGGCUGCCUGAACAAUGCCCGCUAUGGCAUCACCUGGGGUGUGCUUGGAGCUGCUGAGUUCUGUUUGCACACGGCCCGUCAGUACACCCUGGACAGGAUCCAGUUUGGUGUUCCGCUGGCCAAGAACCAACUGAUUCAGAAGAAGCUGGCGGACAUGCUCACCGAGAUCACACUAGGCCUUCAUGCCUGCCUGCAGCUCGGCCGCUUGAAGGAUCAAGACAAGGCCACCCCGGAAACGAUCUCGAUGCUGAAAAGGAAUAACUGUGGGAAAGCCCUGGACAUUGCCCGCCAGGCCCGAGACAUGCUGGGAGGGAAUGGGAUUUCUGACGAGUAUCACGUGAUCCGGCAUGCCAUGAACCUGGAGGCCGUGAACACCUAUGAAGGGACUCACGACAUACAUGCUCUGAUCCUUGGAAGGGCAAUCACAGGGAUCCAGGCGUUCACGGCCAGCAAGUGAACCCACUUCACCUGGGAGCCCCGAUGGUACCAAGCCCCUUCCCAGGAAGAUGCCGCGCUCUGAGCUUAGUCAGGGAGGUGACAGAUGGAGGAAUUCUUCUGGUGGGAAUGAGAGACGCUGAUUUUUAAAUAUCAGAAUUUCUCUUUUGAAGUCAUUCAAAUGUGUUCCUUAAAAAGAUGGAACUCCCUGUACUGAGUUUCUCAAUCCAGUUUUAACUGUAGAUGGGAAUAGACUCCACUCACCUUGGAACAGAAGCUCCUCUUGACAGGGGAGCAGGGAGAAGGAAGGAGAGUGACAUGGAAGCAACUUCUGAGACCCACCUGGUGUCUGAAUAAGCAAACUACCCCCUCUACACACCAAGAGUUCACUCUGCACCCUCUGACCCUCCCAUCUGGGGGCAAGUGCCUUGUGCUGGACAUUGGAGCAGAGUGAGGGGGAGAGAGAGAAUAAUAAAGAGUCGGCAUGUCUGACCCCACA